AAUCAAUAUAAUUAAAGGACAUCAUCUGAUCAAAUAAACACUCACUAUUUCGGACAACCAAUUCAUUCUCUCAAACCGUUUCCUUGAUUGAUUUCAACUUUCAGUCCAGAGAUCCAAAUGGCGGAUAUUGCAAGUACGGCCGUUGGUACAGGCCUCACUUUCUGGGAUCGCACGGCCGAGUACCGGAAGUACAUCCGCAAUCUUGGAGACAAUUUGACCGCCCUUGAGACGAAGAAGGAUGAACUGGGUGGCGUCUACAAUGACGUGAACCGACUAGCUGAGACAGCUGAAGGAGAAGGAUGGAUCCGAAAGCACGAUGCCGCUGGCUGGUUGGAGAGUGUGAGAGCCCUCAGGGAGGAAGCCGACACGAUUCUAGCAGAUGGGAAGUGGAUCAUGGGGAAGAAUUGCCUGUGCGGUCUCUGUUACAGGAACUGUCGUUCACGUUACAAGCAAUCAAAGCUCGCUGAGGCAAAGGAGGCCGCGCUAGACACUAAAUUAGGGCAGGGCCGUAACUUCAGAGUAAAGGAUGAUGUUGCAUACGAUCCUGCUGGUCCGAUCCUUGAGAGAUCUCUUGAGGCUCUUCGCUACAAGAUGGAUGAGCUGCGCGGAGUAUUUGAAACAGUGAAACAACGAGUUAAGGGGGAGGAAGAUCAGCACUUGGUUAGAACACCAGAAGUCCGUGGUUGGUUGGAGAGAGUCAAACUUGUCCUCGAGGAGGAAGUGGGACAGAUUCUUGAGCGAGGGAAGCUGGAACUGGACAAAAGCUGCAAGAAAGAGGGAGCGGACUUUCAUUCUCGGAGGAACUUCACCAGCAUAUCAACGAGCGCUGACAAGAAGAGAGCUAUCAUGGAAGGGCUGCUAGGAGAGCGCCGUGGCUUCACUGAGUUAACCUGUAAGCCUGAUGAUCCUCUCAUGGUUGAGAUAGCCCUUCAGCCCCCGGUGGGCAUGAAUUCCAUGUUUGAGGAGGUAUGGAAUUGGGUUGAGGACGAAUCUGUGAGGUGCAUUGGGAUAUUCGGGAUGGGUGGUGUUGGAAAGACCACCCUGCUGAACAAGGUCCACAAUCAAUUCCUUCAAGUUAGCCAUGAUUAUAACUUUGUACUCCGGGUUGUGGUGUCCAGGCCAGUUAAUCUAGAAAAACUUCAGAAGGCCAUCUGGAAAAAACUAAACCUCCCGGAAGAUAAAUGGAAUCCCAGUGACAAAGAAAGCACAACAUCUGCAAUCCUAGAGUUGAUGAAGGAUAAGAACUUCUUGCUUUUUAUGGAUGAUCUUUGGGAUGCUAUAGAUCUUCUAAUUGAUCUUGGGAUCCCUUGUCAUGACCACCAAAACAAAUGCAAGAUCAUAUUCACGACUCGAUCGGUGGAAGUUUGUAAUCGCAUGAAAGCUGACAAGAGUAAGAAGGUGGAGUGCUUACCACCAGAUGAUGCUCUUCAACUCUUCCGACAGAAGUUAGGAGAGAAAACUUGGAUUGCUCAUCCUAGGAUCCCUGAGAUUGCGAACACAUUGGUUGGUGAGUGCAAAUAUUUACCACUUGCUCUCGUUACUGUUGCAAGAGCCAUGGCCGGUACAACGGAUCUAGAAGAUUGGAUGAUUGCCGAAAAGGAUCUGAAAUGGCAGGUUGAUAUGGAGGAGGAAGUGCUUAAAAAACUAGAAUUCAGCUACAACCGCUUGCCUGAUGAAAUCCACAAAAGAUGCUUGUUGUGCCUUUCAAUAUUCCCGGAGGACCAUGGGUUUUAUGAAGAUGAUGCAAUUGCCCUCUGGAUUGGGGAAGGAUUUCUAGACGAAUGUGAUGACGUUCAUGAAGCGCGAACUUAUGGAAGAAAAAUAUAUAGAAAACUAAGGCACGCAUGUUUAGUGGAGUUUAUAGCGCAGACAGUGCUGGUUGGAGAAUUUUUUAAGAUGCAUGAUUUUGUUCGAGAAAUGUGCUUGUGGGUAUACUCAGAGCAUGGAUCGAAGAAGAAGAAAGUUUUAGUUCAAGAGGAGGUGGAGUCGUUUCGAAUGGGAGAUCUUAAGAAAUGGAAGGAUGCAGAGAGGAUAUCCCUGUGGCGAGUAAAAAGCAGUGUAUAUGAUACAUCAUUGGCAACUAUAUCAUGUUCCCGUCUUUCGACUCUGAUUAUAAGGGACACAAGUUUGAGGAAAAUCCCGGACGAGCUCUUCUUGUCAGUGCCCUGCUUAAGAGUCUUGGAUCUGUCCGAUAAUGAAUAUCUGCAGGAGCUACCAGGUAGUAUUUGGAAACUAAUAAACCUCAGGUACCUAAAUCUAAAUAUAGCUGGAGCCGAAACUCAUGAGGUGCCGGAGGAGAUAAAGAAUUUGAGUAACCUAGUAGUGUUGAUUUUAUCUCGCAAUGUUCUGGUGCCAGCCGAACUCAUAUCAAAUCUUUCAUCUGUGAGACUGUUUUAUUGGUCAAAUACAAGCAGGUAUUGGCCGACGCUGUCAAAAAAAUUUUGCGAAAUUGAAUGUUUAGAAGCGCUAGAGAUGAUGCAGAGCAUGGAGGAAAUAGACAUAACCUUAACCUCACCCGAAGGUGUUGAAAAAUUACUGAGCUGUCCCAAGCUGCCAAGCCGCGUGAGAGGUCUCUGUCUUUGCAGGUGUAAUGGCUUGGCUUCUUUCAGAAUAUCAAUGCCAUUUAUGAGAAGAUCGGGGUACUUCCAGUCCCUUUAUUUAUACAGAUGCGAUUUCAAGGAGAUUGAAGUGGGUUCUGGUGAAUAUGAAGGCUCUUAUGAAAGUCCAGGAAGAUAUUCAUCGUAUGUGGAAUCUCUUGCUCCUAAACCUGCAAGUUUUGCAAGUUGGGAUUGUUUCCAGAGCCUUAGAAAUGUAAGAAUUUUCCACUGUACGGGAUUAGAAAAUGUGACAUCGCUAAUUUACCACGCUCCUUUUUUAGAGAACCUUUGCAUCGAAAGGUGUGACUCAAUGGAGGAAGUGAUCGUGGGGGACAUUGAAGACAACCAUGUCACGAGUAAUAGAGUAUUCCCUUUGCUUGCAUCUCUCAGGUUGGAUGAUCUUUAUAACUUGGAGAGAAUUUGCAGGAGAGCCUUGCCUUUUCCUGCACUCAAAGAGAUUAAAGUACGUGGGUGCUUCGAGCUCAAGGAGCUCCCACUGAAUUGCGACAGUGCAAAGAAUAGUUUACAGGUUAUUGAGGGAGAGCAGGCGUGGUGGGAAGGCUUGAAGUGGGAUGAUCCUGCCUCAGAGCAAGUUUUCUCCACAAAGUUUGUCAGUUGUUGAGAUGCUACGUUCUUCUAAAUGUCCCGGAGCAGGAUGUCUUCCUAAGAUCAUUGAGAUGGAAGAGAAAGGAUUUUACGAGAAGGCUACAACAAAACGUACCCAUUUCUGUUCAACUACUGCAAGCACAUCUGUUCAAUCUGUUUCUGGUCACUUGGUAUUCUGCUUUCCUGUAUUUCUGUGCCAAGAAAGCCUCAGUCUGUGCUUUGUAAAAGCGCUUGAUUGGUACAAGUUUCUUGAGUUCGCGUUUGGUCCUAAAGUUCAACAGUGAACACUUCUUUGAUGACAUCGUUGGACUUUCUGUGUUCUGGGGAUUAUUUCCGUUGAAUUAUGCGAAACUUUGCACUCUUGACUCUU